GGGAGAAAACUCUGCGUGAAGUAGAUUCUCUCGCUCCAUUUUCUCUUCCCCUUCGCUCACCAACAGUCGACCAUGGCGGUUCUAGUCGGAAACCUUACACUACUGGUCGAUACAAUCUCGAUCCGAACAGGAUUACCAGAUCGUAGAACCCGGUUAGCAAUACUGGACGUAAUCUUGAAAAAAGAUUAUUAUUCUCAAAUCAUUAACAACGUUUCUCUUUCUACAAAAUCCGAAUCUUCUCGUCAUGAUAAAGCUGAAAUUAGGAAUUUCUUAUACGGUGUUAAUAAUAAAAAAGGAAUUAUAAAUUCAAAAUCUAAUUCUUCUAUGGAUUUUGAUUCUGAAUUUAAUGGAGAAGACGAAGGUGAUGAGGAUUUUGAAAGUUGGGAAGAGCAAAUGAGAAAAAGAGUUAAAGAGUUGGAAGAGUUGAAGGAAUUAGAGAGAAAAGCAGAAGAAUUACAGAAUAGAGUUGACGACGGUGAUGAUGGUGGUGAUGAAGAUGAAGAUGAGUUUGGAGGGGACGAUGAAGACACUGAAGAAAGGAAGAGGAUGAGAGUUCGAAAAGAGCUCGAAAAGGUGGCGAAAGAGCAAGCUGAGCGAAAGAAAACAGCGACAUUGAUGUUUGAGUUGGGACAGAAGGCUUACAGCAGAGGAAUGUAUGGUCGAGCAGUUGAGUUCCUAGAAGGUGCAUUAACAAUCAUUCCAAGACCCACUAUGUUUGGCGGUGAGAUACAAAUAUGGCUUGCUAUGGCUUAUGAAGCGAACAACCGUCAUGCAGAUUGUAUUGCUCUUUAUCAGCAGUUAGAGAGGAAACACCCAAGUGUUAGUAUUCGACGGCAAGCUAAGGAGCUUCGCUACAUCUUACAGGCACCUAAACUUAAAAUUUCGAAGGAUGAGAUGGUUACGAUUCCAUUAAUUGGUUCCAGUUACGACAGUUAUGCGGGAACCUGGAGUGACAAGUACAAAGAUCAGCCUCCAAUCCCUAGUGGUGGAACAACCAAUCAGCUUCCUUCUAACAAGGACUAUCUUGGUGAUUUUAUGGUUUCGCCUUCCCCAUCUGGAUGGGAAAAUAACCGAACUUUAUGGGCUUUCGUAGCUGUUUGGGUGAGCUUGGUAGGAGUUGCUCUCAUCAUGCACAGGUAAGCCGCAAAAGAUAGUACUCCCCCCCUGGACCGUGUUCACCAAUGUGCAUAUACAGACAGUGCAGAAUUCAGAUGCAUGCAUGUGAUGCAUUAUAUCUCACCAAUCUCAGCUUCAGGACCAACCGCAAGCAUUUCACUUCUGCACAUAUUUAAGCUCUCAUUAUUAUAUUGUUCUUUUUUACAGAAAAUAAAUGUUUCAAAUGUUGUAUAUUAUAUUAUUAUUUCAUGCCAUGGAGAUUUCAAAUUGUAUUCGUUGACUUCCAUGUCCGCUCAUACUUAAGCCCUCACUGUAUUUGUUUUAAUAGGAAAUUGUGUUCAUGUUUCAAA